AUGCCCCCCUCCUUCUUUGUCCGCAAAGUCUUCAAGGGUCUUUUCCGUCUCGAUAGAGCCCUCCUCCCCCGCCCACCACCUGCAUCCCAUCUCGCACGUCUUGCAGCUCGCCGAUCAAACCCGGCGGAUAAGAUUCGAGUGUGGUGGUGGAAUAAAACACCGAUGCAGAGGAAUUCUGCGGUGGUUGAUAUACCUCUCACUUUUGGAUUUGUUCUGUUGAUCGGAAUCCAUGCAAAGAACGCGUGGACAGAUUUCAGAGGGAGAGAUGAGACAUGUGAUCAGAGAGCUCAUGGGGGUGCAAUGGAAAAUGCAAUGGGGAAGUGA